AGAAAAAUAAUUGGUUAUCAUAAUAAUAAACCGGACCUUGUCUAAGUUGUACGAUCAUAAUUAAACGUGAUCCGUUCACGGUAUCGAGCGGUGUGAAAUACGAUUGGUUCUCAUGGCCGCGGUAGCGAAUGGUCCGAAAACAAUUAUUGUCGUACAGCUUUCGGACGCGACCACGUGACGAAACGAGAAAGCUCCGUGAGGUUUCCGCCGUCCGAACCGGAAACGCAGUGCGCACCGAGAACAGUGUGGACCCGGGAAAACGCAACGCCGCUCACACUGCAUUUGGUAGAAUUGCGACGUUGCCGUCAUGUCGGUCGUCGGCGGACGAGCACGACGGUACCCGACGUCCGUGACCGCCGUGGCGCAGUACCUGUUACCCUGUAACAGGUUAGCUCGUGUCUAAUCCCGUUGGCUCUCCGUUCGCCCAUCACUCGUGCGAUCGUUACUUUCUCCGUACCGGUCGAUCUCGUCGUCGCCAUUCAUCGAUUUGAAUCUUUUCCGUUAUUGGCCGCCGAUGCCACGAUGAUGAGUUCCGGCGUCGGAUCACCCCAAGGUUUGAUGGACAAUGUUGAGGUCGCGCAACAGAUCGAGUUCGUCGGCAACCACGUUGCGCACACGGACAAAAUGCGCCUGACCAUCCAAUCUGAUGUGGAAUCGUUCGGCGCGUUAUACUCUCAGUGUGCCAAAUGCGCUCAAAACUUGCAACAGGUCCAAGAAAUGGUCAGCAGUGUUGCCGGGACUCAGCCGGAAGUCGUGCGUAAAUUGAAACUGGAAAUGGAAUCGUUCGAGCAACAGUUGAGAGCCAAGUCCUACAACCUCAAGAGCUCCAUUUGUGCUUACAUCAACAAACUCAAUGAAUCAUUAAAUAUGAUAAGCCCGAUACAAGCUUAUGUCAUCGAUAAGGUGUUGGUCCAAUGGAAACGCGAACAGCAGUUGGUUGGAAAUGGAUACAAUCAUAAGACAGAUAUAGUCUCCAUACAAAAAUGGUGCGAAAAAUUAUGUGAUUUAAUAUGGAUAACUCGUUCGCACAUUAAAGAAGCUGAAAAUUUUAGAAGCACCUUGAGUUUCUAUGUACGUUAUUUUGAACUACAACAGUCAAGUGAAAUUAUUAAUAUACUCCUUGAGAUGACUGUUCAGUAUCUUUCAUCAUUAAUAGCAAGUACUUUUAUUAUAAUAACUCAACCUCCUCAAGUGUUGAAAACUAAUACAAGAUUUGUAGCUGAAGUACGUUUAUUAAUUGGAGGUAAACUCAACAUUCAAUUGACAUCACCUAUGGUUAAAGUAUCUAUAGUCAAUGAAUCUCAAGCUAACCAAAUUAUUGGAAGAAAUAAGCCAGAUCGUGAAUCAUGUGGUGAAUUAUUAAAUUGUACUGGAAAAAUGGAGUAUAGACAUGACUUAAGACAAUUAUCUGCUUAUUUUCGUAAUAUGCAACUAAAAAAAAUUAAGCGUGCGGAUAAAAAAGGAACAGAUUCUGUUAUGGAUGAAAAGUUCUCAAUUUUAUUUUCUUCUAAGUUUUGCAUUGGCAAUGAGCUUCAAUUUGAGGUUUGGAAUUUAUCAUUACCAGUCGUAGUUAUUGUGCAUGGAAAUCAAGAAGCUCAUGCGUGGGCUACUGUGACAUGGGAUAAUGCCUUUGCUGAACCUGGUCGUAUACCAUUUAAAGUUCCAGAUAAGGUCCCAUGGACUAAUGUGGCUACAGCUCUAAGUAUGAAAUUUUCAGCAGUUACUGGUCGUGGUCUUUCAGAUGAAAGCUUAAUAUUUUUAGCUGAAAAGGUCUUCAGAAUGCAAAAUAUGGAUUUUAACCAUAUGAUUUUAUCAUGGUCUCUAUUCUGUAAAGAACUAUUACCGCAGAGAAAUUUUUCAUUUUGGGAUUGGUUUUAUGCAGUUAUGAAGUUAACAAAAGAACAUUUAAAAGGACCUUGGACUGAUGGAGCAAUAAUGGGGUUUAUAAGGAAAUCUGAUGCAGAAGAAUUGUUGACAAGAUAUGCAACUGGUACUUUUUUGUUACGAUUUUCAGAUUCAGAACUAGGUGGACUUACUGUUGCUUGGACUGCUUCUAAUCAUUGUGAAACUUAUAGUUUACAUCCUUUCUCAGCAAAAGAUUUAUCAAUUCGAAACUUGGCUGAUAGACUAUUAGACUUGACAUAUCUUACAAAGCUAUAUCCUGAUAUUGAUAAAAAUCAAGCAUUUGGAAAGUACUACACACCAACACCAAAUAUUGGGUCAUCUGGUCCUAACAAUGGGUAUGUAAAGCCAUUAUUGGUAACUCGUGUUCCUGGAUUGGAUGGAUCCUCAACAAAUAGCAAUCCAAAUACCCCUCAAAGUCAUAUGUGUUAUGUUAAUAGCCCAGAGAAUUGUAUCAAUAGAAAAACUUCAUCAGUAUUUAGUGAACCAAUGACAACUUUAUUGGCAUUUGGAAAUGAUUCCUCAGAUAUGGAUUUUUCUUCAAACGAAAAUAAUUUACCUUCUGUAAAUGAUGUGUUCUAUCAACAGUAAUUUAGAUAAGUUUCUUAUGUUGUAUUAAGACACAGUAUUGUUUUAUUUGUUCAGAAGUAUUUUUAA